AUGAAUUGUUUGCAAUAUAUAAAAAAAUGCUAUGAAAAUCUCAGACAGAAAAGGGAAGGGCAAGAUGAAUCGUAUAGACUAUCAACCUAGGAAUCGGAAUUGAGGAAGAAGAAAAUAUUAGUUCUUGAUUUGGAUGAAACCUUAGUACAUUGUGAGUUUAAAGAAAAUCAAAAUUUUAACUACGAAACGAUUUUGGAUGUUUGGCAUAGAGGAAUGCUCUACAAUGUUUACUUAUGUAGAAGACCUCAUUUGGAAUAGUUUCUUAAGUAAAUGAGUGUGUACUACGAAAUUAUCAUAUUUACUGCUGGCUAUGAAUCAUACUGUGACAAGGUGCUUCAAUACAUAGAUGUGGAUAAACACAUAAGUGAUUAUUUUGCUAGAUCAAAUUGUAUAUUUGUGAACGGGAACUGUUUGAAAGAUCUUGCAAUUUUAGAUCGGCCAUUGGAUUAGUUAAUUUUUAUAGAUAAUAAUCCAAACGCUUUUGAAUUACAACCCGAUAAUGGGUUGUUGAUUCCUUCAUUUCUGGAUUCAGAUGAGGACGAAUGUCUACUGAGAUUAAUCCCAUUUUUAACAUUCAUGGCUAAUAAAUCUUCUGUGAAACCUGUCAACUAAUGCUUAAAAGAAUACGAAACUAUAAAUGGUUCAUUGUUUGGGGAUUCAGAUAUCACUCUGUAAUGUCACUUGGAUGGAGAAGAAGGUAGUCUCAAUGAAGACAGCUGUAUAAUAAGUGACGAUGUCCCUUAGCAUCGAAAGACUAAAACUUUAAUGUAACAUCAAUCAAAAGGAAAAUAAGUAUAAGAGGCUCGCAGUUAAUCUCUAUUCUCUGGUUGA